AUGAGUAACCGACGGAAACAGAGCACCACUGCAUUCAUCUUCAUCUGCGUCGCCAUCUCCACCGUAUUUUUCUUCUCAGACGAAGUCUCCGCCUUGGGAGUAAACUGGGGAACGAUGGCAACUCACCAGCUACCUCCAAAGACGGUGGUUCAAAUGUUGAAAGACAACAACGUACAAAAAGUGAAGCUUUUCGAUGCCGACACAAACACCAUUGGAGCUCUAUUCGGCUCCGGCAUCGAAGUAAUGGUUGCAAUCCCUAACGAUCAGCUCAAAGCCAUGGGAAGCUACAACAGAGCUAAAGAUUGGGUCAGAAGAAACAUCACUCGUUUCAACGACGGCGUCAAAAUCAAAUACGUCGCCGUUGGGAAUGAGCCCUUCUUGACAUCUUACAACGGAUCAUUCAUAAACCUAACUUAUCCAGCACUCGUCAACAUCCAAAACGCACUAAACGAAGCCGGAGUCGGAGAUUUCAUCAAAGCCACCGUACCUUUAAACGCAGACGUCUACAAUUCCCCACCGGAAAACCCACUUCCUUCAGCAGGAAGAUUCCGUCAAGACAUAUUCGAAGAGAUGAAACUCAUAGUCAACUUCUUAGCUCACAACAACGCUCCAUUCACAGUCAACAUUUACCCUUUCCUAAGCCUUUACCUCAGCAGCGACUUCCCUUUCGAUUACGCCUUCUUCAACGGCCAAAACACCGUCAACGACAACGGCGUUACAUACACAAACGUCUUCGACGCCAACUUCGACACCCUCUUGGCUUCGCUUAAAGCAAUAGGUCACGGAGACAUGACGGCGAUAGUCGGAGAAGUUGGUUGGCCAACGGACGGCGACAAGAACGCCAACAUCCCAAACGCAGAACGCUUCUACGAAGGCCUGCUUCCGAAGCUAGCGGGAAACAGAGGAACACCUUUACGUCCAGGUUACAUCGAAGUCUAUCUCUUCGGAUUCAUCGACGAAGACGCAAAGAGUAUAGCUCCUGGAAACUUCGAACGUCACUGGGGGAUAUUCAAAUACGACGGCCAACCAAAGUUCCCUGCGGAUUUGUCAGGGGAAGGUCAGAAGAAGAAGGUCUUGACCGGAGCUCAGAGCGUCCAGUACCUGCAAAGCCAGUGGUGUAUGUUAAACCCUAACGGCUACAGCUUCAGCAACAACACUAACCAGCUUGGAGAUAACGUAAACUACGCGUGUACCUUCUCUGACUGCACGGCUUUAGGGUUCGGCUCCUCUUGUGGUAAUCUUGAUGAGGCCGGGAACGCGUCCUAUGCAUUCAACAUGUAUUUCCAGGUGCAGAAUCAGAAAGCAGAGGCUUGUGACUUUGAAGGUCUUGCCAUCAUCACAACUCGGAAUAUCUCGAGAGAGGAAUGUAAUUUCCCUAUUCAGAUCGGUGAUCCAACUUCAGGUCAUUGUGAUCAUAAAUAUGGUUCGAUUAUGGGGUUGAGUCUAAUGAGUAUGUUGAUGCUCUUUAUGGCACUAUGA